AGAACUACCACCACCAUGUUGCUCGCUGUCUUUCUACUACUCGCGUCCGUCUUUGCGACCUCGGAAUGCUACUUUUCAGAAGAGAGUUUCACCGAGGAGUCCCAGAUGCAGCAGCCCACGGUAGUGAUCGCGAUCAUCGCCCGAAACGCGGCGCACUCCCUCCCCUACUACCUCGGAGCUCUGGAGAGGCUCAACUACCCCAAAGACCGCAUCUCCAUUUGGGCUGCGACGGAUCAUAACUCUGACAACACGACUGCCGUGCUGCGGGAGUGGCUGACCACCAUGCAGAAGUUCUACCAUUACAUAGAGUGGAGACCACAGGAGAAACCCACGGCGUAUCCGGGGGAGUCGGGGCCUAAGCACUGGCCUAACGGGCGUUAUGAGUACCUGAUGAAACUCAAACAGGCAGCGCUCACCUUCGCCAAGAAGAGAUGGGCAGACUACAUACUGUAUGCGGAUGCUGAUAACAUCCUGAGUAAUCCGGAGACGCUGCGUCUGCUGAUGGGGGAGAAUAAGUCUGUCAUCGCCCCCAUGCUCGAUUCCCAGAGUGCAUACAGCAACUUCUGGUGCGGCAUCACACCUCAGGGUUACUAUCGUCGCACGGCGGAGUAUUUCCCGACUAAGCAUCGUCAUCGUCAGGGCUGCUUCCCGGUUCCCAUGGUGCACUCCACUCUGCUGCUGGAUCUCCGUAAGGAGGGAACUCGACGCCUCGCGUUCCACCCCCCCCACCAGGACUACUCAUGGCCCUACGAUGACAUCAUCGUCUUCGCAUUCAGCUGCAGAGCAGAGGAGGUCCAGAUGUACAUUGUGAAUAAGGAGCGUUACGGCUACCUGAAUGUUCCUGCGAAACCCCAUCAGACUGUGGAGGACGACAAAAUCAACUUUGUACACCUUUACCUGGAGUCACUGGUGGACGGUCCUCCUAUGUUCCACUCCAGCUACAUCCACCAGGAGCUCAAGCAUACAGAUCUCAUGGGCUUUGAUGAGGUGUACCUGAUUAACCUGCGUCGGCGUCCAGAGCGUCGUGAUCGGAUGUUGUGGUCGCUAUACGAGAUGGAGAUCAACGCUAAAGUGGUGGACGCAGUGGACGGAGGGGCUCUGAAUAGUAGUGAUAUCAAGUUGUUGGGAGUUAAUCUGUUGCCUGGAUACUACGAUCCCUUCUCCGGCCGCACGCUCACCAAGGGGGAGGUGGGAUGCUUCCUCAGUCACUACUACAUAUGGAAGGAGAUGGUGGAUCUUCAGAUGGACAAGGCUGUGGUGCUGGAGGAUGAUGUCCGUUUCCGCGGCAACUUCAAGCGUCGCCUGAUGCGGCUGAUGGAGGAAGUGGAACAGGUGGAGCUGGACUGGGACCUGAUCUAUCUGGGUCGUAAGCAGGUGAAUCCUGAGGAGGAAGAGGCGGUACCUAAUGUGCGGAACCUGGUGGUGGCCGGCUAUUCCUAUUGGACGAUCAGCUACGUCAUCUCACUACAGGGUGCCCAGAAGCUGGUGAACUCGGAGCCCCUCUCCAAGAUGCUGCCAGUGGACGAAUUCUUACCCAUCAUGUACGUCACACACCUAAAUGAGGAGUAUAAGUCCCACUUCCCCAACCGUAACCUGCAGGUGUACUCCACACGCCCCCUACUGGUGGAACCAGCACAGUACGCAGGAGAGAAAGACUGGGUGAGUGACACUGAGACCUCUACCCUGUGGGACGAUGACGCGGUGCGUACCGACUGGCGCGGUUCCCACAAGACGCUGAAGGGGGCGCCACAGGCAGCAGUGCACAGCGCAUACCGGGACGAACUCUGAAACCAGAACAUCUCUUCAUGGAGAAGGCUCACCGAAGGAAGUUGCUCGUUAUCGCCACCUACCUGCAGUACCGCCACAGACAAGUGAAAAAUGAAUGGGUUUCAAUGGAGUUGCCUACAGUCAUAUUUAUUUCUUGUUGUAUAAUUUUGUUGUAUAAUUUUUAAAGCCAGUUUGAGUAAUUGCCAGUCAGUACAGGUCGAAAUCUUCUGCCCUGCUGGAAAAAAACUAAACACCCCCCAAAAUUGACAAUGCAGCCUCUUUUAUAAUACCAGCC